UUUUUCGCUGUCGUCGUCUCCCUCGUCCUCCUCUCCGUGUUGUUGUUCUCGGUGACGCGACGGAGGUGUAGCCUGACGCGGUCUCUUACGUGUCGGUCUGAAUAAAAGUGGAGCUCCGUAGACCCGGGAGUGACGAAGCGAGUCUGUGUUGAUUUUAAAUGACCAUGGAAGCGGCUGCAGACACACAGCAAAGUGGUGAAACAGCUGUUUCGGAGUCUGAGGCCCAGCAGAUCACCUUGGCACAGGCAUCCAUAGCAGCUGGCCAAGUGUCCUCUAGUAGUCCCACAGUCACCCUAGUCCAGUUACCCAAUGGUCAAACAGUCCAAGUGCAUGGGGUGAUCCAAACUGCUCAGCCUUCAGUCAUUCAGUCCCCUCAAGUCCAGACAGUACAGAUUUCGACUGUCGCUGAGAGCGAGGACUCUCAGGAAUCUGUAGACAGCGUGACAGACUCUCAGAAGAGGAGAGAGAUUCUGUCCAGGCGGCCUUCUUACAGGAAGAUUCUGAAUGACUUAUCAUCAGAUGCUCCAGCAGUGCCUCGAAUUGAGGAAGAGAAAUCAGAAGAUGACUCAGUCCCUAUCGCCACAGUCACGAUGCCCACUCCCAUCUAUCAGACCAGCAGUGGCCAGUACAUUGCCAUUACCCAGGGUGGGGCCAUUCAGCUGGCCAAUAAUGGCACAGAUGGAGUGCAAGGCCUGCAGACGCUCACCAUGGCCAACACUGCAGCCCAGCCUGGCGCCACCAUCCUGCAGUAUGCUCAGACCAGCGACGGGCAGCAGAUCCUCGUGCCCAGCAACCAGGUGGUCGUACAAGCUGCCUCUGGUGAUGUCCAGGCCUAUCAAAUCCGCACAGCCCCCACCAGCACCAUCACUCCUGGGGUGGUCAUGGCAACUCCGCCCACACUUGGUGGGUCAGGAGCCACCGAGGAAGUCACACGCAAAAGGGAGGUCCGACUGAUGAAAAACAGGGAGGCGGCCCGCGAGUGCCGUAGGAAGAAGAAGGAGUACGUAAAGUGUCUGGAGAACCGCGUGGCUGUGCUGGAGAACCAGAACAAAACCCUCAUCGAGGAACUGAAAGCCCUCAAAGACUUAUACUGCCACAAAUCAGAGUAGGAGACACCUGCCAGUGGCUCGUCAGGUGCCCGUCUGUCCCCAUGUACAGAGACUCAGCACAGAGCCAUGCAUCUGGAUGCCACUUAUCUGCCCUGCCCCUUUUUCUACUCUUUUGCUUUCUUUUUAAAAACUGCUUGAAAAGAAUACAUGAAAGUGACUCACCAGGAAUUAAAAAGAACCCCCCCCCCCCCCUUUCAGAAUCCCACUUUGGUAAAUUCAAACCCCAUCCCAUUUGGGUAAUUUGAGAUAAAACUCCCCCAUCGUUAAAGGAUGAAGCAGUCUUCAGAGUGAAUGUGGAGGAGACGACAACUCAACAGGGUCCGUGUGGCGAGGCGACAGAGCCGGCAGACUGCCGUUCUGGUCUGGGAAGCCACUGAGGGAAGCAUUCCAGUCACUGGUGCCUGGACUAACCAGGCAACAUCACCAGCAACGGGGAACUGACCGCAACCACCAAUAAAGGAACUUUUUCAGUUGGAGAGUUGACCCUCAUGUGCAACGUUUGUAACUCUUGCAUUAACGUCUGUUACUUAUUAACGCUUUGAACUGUAGACGGCCUGUCUUGGACAUUUUAUCUUUUAAGCUGUGUUUUGGUUUCUGUACUAGAUUAUGCUUCUACAAUGUCAUUUUUUUUUUCUUUUUUUUUUACUUAAAUGUACUUUGCUUUUAUACAACGUGAACAAAAAGCUAACCAUUAAGUUAUAAAAUGGUUUUUAUGUUAAUUGCAGCACAGUCAGGUGUAUUAGAGUGACUGCAGUGAAUUUGGAAAACAACUCAAAAUCUUCCAACACACCCCUCCGUUGUUUCUCAAUCUUUGUAUUUUUUUUUUUUUUUUAAGCUUCAGAAAUAUUAAGGAAUCCAUGUUCAGUAAAUUACCAGACUUUGGUAGUAAAUAAAAGUACAAAGGCAAAAAUAUGCCUCCAUCAGUACAGGAAGUGGGGAUAAUGCAUAAAUAAGCUGCUGCCUAUUUGUCAGAGAUUAUAUACUGUAAGCAUAAACUUUUUUUUUUUUAAGUUCAUUUUUAUUGAUUCCUGGAUUCUUUUUUUGAACAACAACCAAAAAUGAUGAGCCUUACUUGUUAUGCAAUGAAAGAAUUUUAAACAAAAUUCGGAGACACGUGGUAAAGCACUGAAGUCAUGGGUUAUUGGGAGUUUGAAUUUUGUAGACCUACACUGGGUGGGUUUGGGGAGGCAGAGAAAUACCAGGCCCUCCAUGUGUUGUGGCCGCCCCAGCUGUCUUUUAAUUCUGUUUAUGGUAGUAUGAGCUAGCAUGUGCACUUUCUUUGCAUUUACAAUCCUUGAGCAUUUCACCGCUUAGUUCCAGGAGAAUCUCAGCAGGAUCCACUGCAACUCUGUAAUUAAGAGUGUUGUUGCGUAAUGCUUUUAAACAUGUCAUUUUCUUUUUUACAGAGCAUCAGAGUUCACCAAAUAUCACUCCACUGCACCUACUUUACAAAACAACUAUAAAGAUAAGGUGGCUUUGGUGCCCAAAAGGAUAUUUUUGUGAUAAGGGGAUGCCAUAUUGUAUUCUUUCGGUAUUAUGUAUGGUCACAAUAUGCUUUUUAUGUUGCUUUUUUUUUUUUUUU